GCAGUGUGACACUGAGCUGCUCAGUGGAGCCCUCUGCUGGAUGGAAGUACAGAUGGUUCAGACGGACCUCAGAUUCUUCUUUUGUUGAAUUCAGCAGAAAUAAUGAAGAAAACAGAGAAAUCACUGUGACACAAGGAGGAAUCUAUAAGUGUGAUGGAAAGAGAGGAAAUCCCUCAUUCUACAGUCAUUCAAGCCAUGAGAACAUCAUUGAAAUAAUGUUUUCCAACAAGGUUUUUGUGACUCGACGACCAAACUGGCCUCAGAUGUUCAGUGGUGAGUCGAUCACUCUGACAUGUGAGGUCCAGGGAGGAGAAACCACUGAGUGGACGUGUGAAUGGAGGACAUCUGGGUCAAUAAUACACAAGACAGACAGUAAAGACUGGACUUUCAAUGUCUCUGAGUCCAGCAGUGGAAACUACAUGUGUCAGUGUAGAAGCAGAGAUGACUGGUAUUCUUCAACACAGUGGAGUGAAACCAUCACACUGUCUGUAUCAACUAAACCUGGAGCCAAACUAUCAGCAGGUUCAUCAACCAUACCAGUAGGGGGCAGUGUGACACUGAGCUGCUCAGUGGAGCCCUCUGCUGGAUGGAAGUACAGAUGGUUCAGACGGACCUCAGAUUCUUCUUUUGUUGAAUUCAGCAGAAAUAAUGAAGAAAACAGAGAAAUCACUGUGACACAAGGAGGAAUCUAUAAGUGUGAUGGAGAGAGAGGAAAUCCCUCAUUAUACAGUCAUUCAAGCCUUGAGAACAUCAUUGAAAUAAUGUUUUCCAACAAGGUUUUUGUGACUCGACAACCAAACUGGCCUCAGAUGUUCAGUGGUGAGUCGAUCACUCUGACAUGUGAGGUCCAGGGAGGAGAAACCACUGAGUGGACGUGUGAAUGGAGGAGAUCUGGGUCAAUAAUACAGUGGACAGACAGUAAAGACUGGACUUUCAAUGUCUCUGAGUCCAGCAGUGGAAACUACACAUGUCAGUGUAGAAGCAGAGAUGACUGGUAUUCUUCAACACAGUGGAGUGAAACCAUCAGACUGUCUGUAUCAAGUGCUAAACCCAGAGCCAAACUGGCAGCAGGUUCAUCAACCAUACCAGUAGGGGGCAGUGUGACACUGAGCUGCUCAGUGGAGCCCUCUGCUGGAUGGAAGUACAGAUGGUUCAGACGGACCUCAGAUUCUUCUUUUGUUGAAUUCAGCAGAAAUAAUGAAGAAAACAGAGAAAUCACUGUGACACAAGGAGGAAUCUAUAAGUGUGAUGGAAAGAGAGGAAAUCCCUCAUUCUACAGUCAUUCAAGCCUUGAGAACAUCAUUGAAAUAAUGUUUUCCAACAAGGUUUUUGUGACUCGACAACCAAACUGGCCUCAUAUCUUCAGUGGUGAGUCGAUCACUCUGACAUGUGAGGUCCAGGGAGGAGAAACCACUGAGUGGACGUGUGACUGGAGGAGAUCUGGGUCAAUAAUACACAAGACAGACAAUAAAGACUGGACUUUCAAUGUCUCUGAGUCCAGCAGUGGAAACUACAUGUGUCAGUGUAGAAGCAGAGAUGACUGGUAUUCUUCAACACAGUGGAGUGAAACCAUAACAGUAACUGUAUCCAGUCCUGUCAUCUCUUCAUUUCCUGUGAUGUUGAUCGUUGGACCAGUUAGUGGAAUCGUUCUCAUUGUCCUCCUGCUCUUGUUGUGGCGCUGCAGACGGUCCAAAGAUUUGAGCUGCAUCAGGUCAUUUCAGUCUGAAAGCAGCAGCCAGAGGCCGACCACUAAUCAUGGAGUGAACCAGACUGAAAGUGAUUACAGCUUUCUGCUGCAUGGCACCACGUCUGUGUAUGAGACAAUCCAUAACCGUGGAGCCACUGGAAAAGAGAGACCUCCUGAUCCAGAAGAAGGUUCUGUUUACGUUAAUGUGAGACCAGAUAAUUACAGCUCAGCAUGAAGGUCAGAUAAACACCUGAUUGAUUAGAUUGUUACUGAUCAUUUUUUCUUCAAUCAGGAAAAUUUGCUGCCACAUUCAGCAGUUCUGAUAAGAUUUCUGUUGUUUAGUUGUGAAUUCCUGAUUUUAUCUCAUUUGUCUGUUUCUCUGUAACAGUACUUUAUUAUUCUGCCAA